GUGUGUGUGUGUGUGUGUGGGGGGGGGCAGCGCUCCCUAGCUGCCGCCGCUCAGACCCUAACUGGCAGCCUCCUCCACUCCCCCGUCUCUACGAAAACACUUUCGGGAAGAAUAACGUUUUUCUGUUCUCAGCAGCCAGUCUUAACUCAGAGCCAAACCGUGGCCUAGCGGGAAAAACGGCUCGACUAUGUGGAGUAAGAAACAGGCACUAGGGGAAUCCUUGGCUUGUCUCGUAUUUCUUGUGACGCUCAUCGAUGCUCAUCGAUUCCUGAGCCAUAACACAGCCUCCCAGUUCCUGAGAAGGCACAAGAGAGCCAACUCUCUGUUUGAGGAGAGCAAGAAGGGCAACCUGGAGAGGGAGUGCAUCGAGGAGCUGUGCAACAAGGAGGAGGCCAGGGAGAUCUUUGAGAACCAUCCAGAGACUGAAUACUUCUACCCCAAAUAUGUUGCUUGUCUGGGUUCACAUCGUGUCGGCAUCAACAACCAGAACUCGGAUGCUAUCCCCUCAGACCUUCGCACCUGCGUGAGAGAGAUCAGUGACCAGUGCACACCACCUCCAUGCUACAAGGAGGGUUCAAAGAGCUGUGUGGAUGGACAGGCCUCCUUCACCUGUGAGUGCAAACCCGGCUGGAAGGGGCCCCGCUGUGAGGAAGACAUCAAUGAGUGUUCAGAUCCUGAAUUUCCAGCGGGAUGUAACCAAAAAUGUUACAACUUACCCGGUAGUUUCCACUGCAUGUGUGAAGAUGGCUACUUCCUCAAUGACAAAGUCAGCUGCGUGGAUAUAGAUGAAUGCCUGAUGUACCCCAGUCUGUGUGAAAAACCGGCCAAAUGUGUCAACACGCCAGGCAUGUAUGAGUGCCGAUGUCCCCUGGGUUUCAAAUAUAACUUCACUUCCAAGUCCUGCAAUGAUAUAGAUGAGUGUGAGUUGCGCGUCUGUGACGGGACUUGUAUAAACACAGUGGGCAGCUAUGCGUGUCACUGUGAUGGUCGUCUGGGUCUCCAUUUGGCGGAGGAUGAGCGGUACUGUGAAAGAAUCCCUGUUUGUGUAGAUCUGUAUGACCACAGACACAAUGAGAUGCUUUACCUGGGGGAGCAGUUUGCAGGCCUUCCUGUCAUCUAUCUGCGCUUCCGUUUGCCGGAGAACACAAAGUUUGCAGCAGAGUUUGACUUCCGUACCUUUGACCCAGAAGGAGUUGUGCUGUACGCAGAGUCCUCGCAGGACUCGUGGUUCAUGUUGGGGCUAAGAGGCGGACAGAUUGAAAUCCAGUUCAAAAACGAGCACACAUCCAAGGUCACCACCGGGGGUAAAGCCAUCAAUGAUGGACAGUGGCAUGUGAUCUCUGUGGAUGAACUGGAGAGCAGCAUCAGUGUGAAGAUCAGCAAGGAAGCUGUGAUGAGCAUCAACAGCCCUGACAGUCUCUUUACUUCAGUUAACGGCAAACUGGAAACCAAGGUCUACAUUGCUGGUCUGCCCAACCGCACUGACAAUCUCAUCAAACCUAUCAACCCUCGACUUGACGGCUGCAUCCGGGGCUGGAACCUGAUGAAUCAGGGAGCAUCUGGGGUAAAGGAGGUCAUCCACGAGAAGAGGAGUAAACAUUGCUUUGUGCAUGUGGAACGAGGGUCUUUCUUCACUGGUGCAGGACUGGCAAAGUUUGACAUUGACUACAGUGAUUCUGGGAGCUGGAAUGUGGAUGUAAAGAUGAACAUACGUCCGUCCAGCAGCACAGGUGUACUCUUUGCUCUUGUCCACAACAACACAGUCCCUCUGUCAGUUGCUGUGGUAACGCAGGGAGAAGAUGCUAACCUGCAAGUGUUCUUGGACGGUGUCUCCGUGGCAACGCUGGACUCACUGAUGUUGUGUUACCCUGACCGGCUGACAGUGCAGCUGAAUGUGUCUACCAAAGAAAUCCAAAUCUCAGCCAAUACCUCCACUGUUACCUACAUGAAGUCUGAUGCCCUGUGGGAGGCACUGAAGCACCUCAACAGCACCAUGCAGAACCCCAUCAGUACAUACAUUGGUGGGAUACCAGAUGACGUCCCGUUACCUGCCACCCCUGUGACGGCUUUUUACCACGGCUGCAUGGACAUCACUAUCAACGGCCAAAAGCUGGACUUUGACAUGGCUCUCAGCAAACAUAACAGUAUUAAGUCCCAUUCCUGUCCUCCUGUGUCUGCCCCAGAGACACCCUCAAUGCGGCUGACCCCGACAAAGUCCCUUUCAUCGGUAGCCCUGCUAAUCCUGCUGGUUGCCCGCUGGUCCGACAGCAUUUCGUUGUCUCCCCAAGAGGCGAACCAGUUUUUGAGCAGACACAGGAGAGCAAAUCAGAUUUUUGAGGAGACGAAGCAAGGACACUUGGAGAGGGAGUGUGUGGAGGAAAUAUGCACAAAAGAAGAGGCAAGAGAAGUGUUUGAAAACGACCCUGAGACGGACUACUUCUAUCCUAAGUAUUUGGCUUGUGUGGAGAGGUUUGGAGAUGCUGAAAUGAAGAAACAGGAUCUGAUUACAUGUGUUCACAAUAUUCCAGACCAGUGCUCUCCUUCUCCCUGUAUUGCCAGAGGGACGGUGCGCUGUGAGGACAAAAAGGGCAACUUCCUCUGUCACUGUUUCACAGGCUGGGAAGGAGCCACAUGUGACAAAGAUGUCGACGAGUGCAGCAAGAGAAAUGGAGGGUGUGACCACGAGUGCAACAACACUAUGGGCAGUUACCGCUGCUCCUGUCACCAAGGUUACAUGUUGGUAGGACGCCACAUGUGUAACGAUGUGGAUGAAUGUGAGGAUCCAGGUGUGUGUGGAACAGCACGGUGUGAGAAUAAGGAUGGCAGCUACAAUUGCUUGUGUGAUGUCGGCUAUGUCUACGACAAUGAAACCAAGAGCUGCGUUGAUGUGGAUGAGUGUGAGACAGGUGUGUGUGCAGAGGAGUGUCUGAACACUCCAGGGAGUUUCCGUUGCUUCUGUGAUGGUCGUCAGGGCAUGAAGCUGGGCCAGGACCUCAGGAGCUGUAAGUCUAUAACUCCCUGUAUGUCACCGUCUCUGAAGAGGAACUCUCGUUCGCUCUACCUGGGCCGCAUGUUCAGCGGCGUGCCGGUGGUGAGGCUGCGUUUCCGCCGGAGGAUACAAACUGGGUUUUCUGCAGAGUUUGACUUCCGCACCUAUGACCAUGAGGGGGUGAUCUUCUUUGCUGGAGGUCACCUCAACAGCUCCUGGAUCGUGCUGGCAAUGCACCAUGGGAAGCUGGAGCUGCAGCUGAAGUACGGCACAGUCAGCAGGGUCACUAGCAGCGGACCCGUCGUCAGUGACGGCCAGUGGAGAAAGAUCUCGGUGGAGGAGCAGGGGCGGAGUCUAGUGAUUAAGAUCGACAGGGAGGCAGUCAUGAAGAUUGCAGUAAACGGUGAUCUGUUUACACUAAAGAAGGGCAUGCACGAACUCAACCUCACCGUGGGAGGAGUCCCUUUCAGAGAGGACGGCCUCAUCAAUCAGGUGAACCCCCGUCUGGACGGCUGUAUGAAGGAGUGGAGGUGGUUAACUGGCGAAGAUACGUCCAUACAAGAAACUAUUCGGUCCAAUGACAACAUGCAGUGUUUCAGCACCGAGGAUCCUGGAGCGUAUUACCCCGGCUCAGGCUUCGCUCUCUUCAACAUCAGCUAUGAAUCACAAAACCUGAGCGUACAGUUGACCCUACGUCCAACUUCUGCAAUCGGAGUGCUGUUUGCACUCGUUCACCAGGACAGAGUGCCUCUCUCUAUUGCUCUGGCAGACUAUCAUCCUGGCACUGAUGAAUGGCGGGAUUUUGUUCUGGUAUCUGUUGGUGAUGUCAUCACUGCCAGCUCACCUACACCCCUUUGUGACGGUGAGAGUCAUGAAAUCCAGGUGACAAUCUCGGGCAACCGAACCCUGCUGCUGGUCGACGGCCAGUCUGGGCGUAGUGAAGACACAGAAAUUCCAUUUGACGUCCUGUCACAGUCCAGCACCUUUAUUGGAGGCCUCCCUGAUGUUCCUCUGGUGUCCUCGCUGGUGUCUGCGCCCUACAGGGGCUGUAUGGAGGUCACUGUUAAUGGACAGUCUCUGGACUUGGACCAGGCCAUCCACAAACACAAUGACAUCCGCUCACACUCCUGCCCCCUGCUGGACUCUCAACAGUGACCAGCACACUAGUCUGCCAAAACUUAUCCAUGAGCAGUUCAUUGAGGCAAUAAGGAUUAUUUCCAAUAUAUUCAUAAAAGCUUUGACCAGUGGAGAUAUGUUUUAGAUUGGAAUGUUUAAAAAACAAACAGCUGGACCAGGUGUCAUGGUUCAGCUGGAGCCUUAGCCCAAGAUCACCCUGCCCUUUUACUGUGAUGACACUGCUGCCUAGAGGCAUUUGCAGGGAUUUUCACAGUAUUCUCAGUAAUGACUCAUUAAGACAGUUGGUCUGGCAAUGAGCAAUGUCCCCUGUACUUGGCAGAAGAUAUGCUGCACAACAUUGCCUCAAAAACUGCCAAUGUAUAACAGCCUUGUAAGCCCACAAGAACACCCAGGGCCUUAUUUA